AUGGAAGAUGAAGUCCAACGGCUUGUUAAACUCGUCAACGAAGCACAUAAUGUGGACGAUCCAACUAGUCUCAGGCUCGUUGCGAAGCGAAUUAGUCAGAUGCCGGAUGAGGUUAUAGAAUUAAUAGAAAGGUCACGCACCGAGAAACUAGGAUUGGAACAAAAUCAAUUGGCCGAGCUACCUCUAGGAAUAACUGCUUGGACACAGUUGAGAUAUUUAAAUAUCUCGAACAACCAAUUUAAAGUAUUUCCUGCUGUACUAUGUGACAUGCCAAACCUCGAGAUUUUAGAUAUCAGCAAGAACAAAAUAAAAAGCAUGCCAAGAAGUUUCAAUAAAUUAAUGUCAUUGAGGGCGUUAAAAAUAUCAAACAAUCAAUUACGAAGUUUACCAACAUACAUAGCAAAUAUGGCCGAUCUGGAAUAUUUGAAAAUAGACAGCAAUCCACUAGUAUUUCCACCAAAAACUAUCAGUAUUAUGCCAAAAGACGAGAAGGAUGCCAUGUCUCGAUGGUUAACUCAAUUGAAGCACUACCUGAGACAGCAUGAACAAGGCAGGUUAUACAAUACAUUGAAUAUUAUUCUGACACAAGAAGCAGCAGAAAGUGAAGAGACUAGUGACGAUGAAGUGCUCGAAAUCGAAUACAUGUCCAGACAACUUAAGAAGAAUAUGUCAACUGAAUCUCUGUCUCAUUUGGUCACAUCACGCAUUCCUGCCGAACCACCAAAUUCUCUUAAGCCAAUAGCAGAAACCAACGAAGUAAUCUCCAAACAAGAACGCAAACGCGUUUUACCACCAAAAUUAUCUAUCGAGUCCACUCGUCGCGAUCGCAGCUACAGCAACGACAGUUACGAUCAAUUUCGACAACCACUGCAGCCAUUACAGCCACUACAAUCAGUACAACAAACACACCAUGCAAAAAGCUACUCUACAGAUUCUAUUAGCUCAUAUAACGCUUCGAAUGGACAGAACGAAAUCGACAGGGGUGGUGAUGGAUAUUUCUUAAAAUUAAAAAAUCUUCCCCUGACAGAUCACUUACACACAAGUGAUAUAGCUCUAAGAGAAGCUGGUAGGAACAUUCUAUACGCACUUUCACAAGUAUACAAGGCUCUUCAACAAUUUGUCACGUUUACUGGAUACGAAAAACUGUUCACGAAUAACCUAUUCGAUGCUAAAAAACGCAUGGAACAGCUAAUGAUUGCUCUAGAACGAUUUGAUGAUUGUGCGAUGCAUCAACGUCCUGAUUCAGAGACUUCUGCCCUACUGCUUGAAGCAUGUAGCCAUAAUGUAAACUCAUUUAGAUUACUGAUUAAUUAUUUUCAGAAAGAACUGAAAACAGUUACCCAAUCUUUGGAACACUUACGCUACUCUCGAACUUUAUUAUUGAUGCUUCAUGGAUCAAUUGCGGAAGUAAAAUUUGCCUGGGAGAUGAUAUCACCUCUCCUUACCGAUUAUACCCCGUACACAGGAACGGCACAAUUUCGGGCUAGAUCAAUGUCCCGUUCAAACAGCAGCAGUGGGGGGACAUCAUACGCGUAUCCAUAUUCGGCGGCGCCAUAUUCGGCAGCACCAUACUCGGCAGCACCAUAUUCGGCGGCACCAUACUCAGCAACGCCAUAUUCUGCUGGACUGACACCAGUAGGAAUUAGUGCGCACGUGUCGUUCGUUCCUAUCACAGAUAUAUUGUUGUCUAAGAUCGAAGUGUCAAUAUCAGCGGUAGAGAAAGUGUGGCAACCAUUAAGUGAUAUAGUUCUAGCAGCAAGAUUUGAUGAUCCAUUACCACAACCAUCUGAUGUGAAGCCCGCUGUGAAGGAGUUAAAUGCUCAUAUUGAGCAUAGCAAAGAUGUCGCUAGAAAGUUGAAGAAGUUGCAGAUUGCAGCAAGAAAUGGUAAAGAGGAGCUUGCUACUAUACACGAGGAUAUUGUGGCUUUUCUCCAAACAACAAUAAAACUGGUUCGCUUGGCCCAAGCAAUCUCUCACUCUUGUCCAUUUGGUCCUGAACUCCGUGCUUCCCUCGCUCAAGUCACUCAAUCGAACAUUGAUCUUUCGAACUUUAUGCGGACAGUAAAUCCGUCCAACUCAUCUCAGGAAGCCAUUUUGCCCCAUGGAGAAGGAAGUCAGAAUUACAUUGUCGGUAUGGCUGUAGACGAGCUUAAUGGUCUGGUCGGGAAGGGUGAUGCAGCAAACAAGGGGAAUGAGGAGGCAGAGAGUGAGGAAAACGUUGAAUAUGCUAUCGCAAUGUAG